CAUUUUCCAGCAGCCAAUGGCGUGCAAGGGGCGUGGCUUCAGGCGUGACAGCUGAUACUACAGCAAUCGCACUAGUGUCGCGCUGCUACUGUCACCUCGGGUCUUCAAAACACAUCAUUGUACCAGACUGAAACAUCUACAACAAUGUCUGAGGCUGAGUUUCAGAAAGCAGCAGAGGAGGUCAAACGGCUGAAAACGAAACCAACGGACGCUGAGGUGAUGGAAAUCUAUGGUCUAUACAAACAGGCCACCUUAGGAGAUGUUGACAUGGCCCGACCGGGCAUGUUCGAUUUUGCUGGCAAGACCAAAUGGGAUGCCUGGAAUGCCAAGAAAGGUAUGAGUAAGGAUGAUGCAUUGAAAGCAUACAUCGCCAAGGUAGAGGAGCUGAAGGGGAUAUACGGAAUCUAAUAUCAUCAUGGCCAGCCUGCCUUUACCUGUACUGUCCUCCCAUAAAACACCUUUAGGCCUCCAGUGUGUCCUCUCACAAGGGUGUUACAGUUACAUCGUCGCAGGCAGACUCGGUUCUGUGUGAGAGAAGAAGCACAUUCCUCUCAGGCCAAGAGAAAUCGUCCACCAGCAGCCGUCUAGUGAAAAGCACAAAUGAAUUCAAAUUUAUACAAUGCCAUAAAGUCACUUUUUCUAGAA